ACAAACAUGCACCAGUUUGGCUUCUCUAUAAAACAGAGCUAAACACUUGAAAAUAUCACUACGAGCAACUUCUUGGUAUUGAAUUGACAUGGCAAUGCAGAGCUAUUCAGCGCCUGAGGGUAUCCCGAUGCAGGACAAUAGAGCCUACACUGCCCAGUCAGUAACAGUGUCCAUGCCUGACCAAAAAAUCAGUGAUGAUAUAAUUUUCUCCACAUUCAGUCUUCACUUCUGUAACAUCUGCUGUCUUGGGUUUGGAGCCUUUUACAACUCAAUAAAGGCCAGGGACAGCAGAUUGCUGGGAGACUUCCCAAAGGCACGGUCUUACGGUGCCAAAGCUCGCUGCCUAAACAUUGCUGCCGUCAUUUUUGGUUCCAUCGUUAUGCUUAUCUUCCUCAUCAUCCUUGUCAAGGCAUAUAUUCUAGCCAUGUCAGCUUUGGAACAGAUUCGUGAUAAAUUAUUUUUAUUUUAUUUUAUUUUAUUUUAUUUUAUUUGUACCUGUGUUGCCUUUGGUUUUCUUAAUACCUUUCAUUAAAACAAAUCUGUUGAAACUUUUCUUUGUUUCUGUCUGUUCCUGUUUUUGUUGCUGUCUCAUAUAUAGUGAUAAAAAAAUAAAAUAAAAAAUAACAACCAAACAAAAAAAGGUGAUACUUUUUUCAGCAUUCUUUGACUAAUAAGUUAAAAAGAACAGCAUUUAUUCAAAAUCAUUUUGUAACAAAGUUUUUAUGAUCAUUUAAAAAAAACAAAAAAAAAAAACAAACAAACAAAAAACAAUUUAACGUAGACUCUAACGUACCAUAAAAUGGUUCUUUAGCUUGUAACAAUAACAGAACCCUUUCUGGUGCUAAAUAGAAACAUUUUAUAUGGUUCCAUAAAGAACCAUGCUUUGAAAAUGCUACAUAGGACCUUCACUAUAGUGGCUGCAUCCUAAACAGCUGAUUUGCUGCCUCACUUCCUUAUUAGGCAAUGACUUGGCAGGCAGUGUUUUUGCAUGAAGGCACCUCACAAAACUCACUUUGGACUGGCUUUUGAGGUUUAUAGAUCAACAACAAAAUAAAAGUUGUUUGGGUGAUAACUAAACAAAUAUUUAAUUAUUACAAUACUGAUUUCUCACGAGAAAUAACAUCAGAAGUGCAAAAAGUUAGUCAGAAAUAUACAUUUACACACAAACUGACCACCAAAUGCAACUUAUGCAACCAUCUUAAUUUUUUUUUUAGCUCAACCAUCACGGAACAGAUGGCAAAGGUACACACAUCCUUCACUCAAGUAGAAGUACAGAUACUCAUGUUUAAAGAUACUCUGGUAAAAGUAGAAAGUACUAACUACACUUUUUUACUUAAGUUAAAGUAAAGAAGUAUGGGCUCAGACAUGACUACAUAAAGUAUUCUUUACUACUACUUGUUUUAGUGUCAUGCUGGACCUCACAUCAUAUUGACAAAAUAACUUACUUUUAAAAUUUGUUAGGUAAUGAAUGUAUCAAGGCUAAACAACUACCAUGUUGAACCGGGCUGGACUGGGACAAAAUUUCAGGCCGGGAAAUCUCACACUCAUCCAGGCCAUCCCAUACACCCACAACAAAUUCUGAAACCAUGGACAACCGAAUCACAUUUAAAUAAAUGUUUAAAACCUUAGACUGGGGUUGUGCAAAAUAUGAAAAAGGCUCUCUCUUGAACUUCCAUUUUCCUUUUCAGUUUCUUCAUUUUUCAUUUUGCAUCUCAUUUUGUGUGUGUUUGCUUUUUCACUAAUUUUUUUGUACCUUUCACUUUUCCCAUCAGCCAUUCACUGUUAUGAGCAGAACUGUCUCCACCUUGUUGCAAAACAACCACCUCUUUAUAUUCUAUUUGCAGUAACAAUUUUAUUUGUUCAAUUUAAAGUAUCACAUUAUGACCAGGUGUUGAUGUUUUAUCUUAAAAUAGCUUAAACUAUAGAUUAUCUUUUCUAAAUUGCCUAAAUGUCAAAAUUAGUACAAUAAUGAUUACAUCAUGACAAUAACUUCACAGAAAAAUCCUAAUA